CGCAACACCGCGCCAUCUUGAAAGUUGAGUUAGGAGGCCUUCCAGUUCCUGCGGAGCCUUCCCCGUGACAAGCCACCUUUUGGAUGUGCGCAUUGUGAACUACCGAGAAAAUUAUUCGAAACUGUGAUAUUUUCAUCCACGAUCACCCAUCUGUAUCAUCGCGACUUCGUCCACGUCUGUGAAGAACGGAAUAAGUUCUGCACUUGCUGGACAUUUAUCAACUGUCCACGUCCAAACAAAAUGAUAACCAGGAGAAGAGGCAAUUGCAGCACGCCACUGAAGUCCCUUGAGGUUGAAGUGAGCACUGCUGUGAAAACUAUAGAAGAUCAUCACCCAUGUCUCCCCGAGGAGUUCCAAGUUGAUGACUUCAAUAUGAGAACGGAGUUGGAUGAAUUUCUGGGAAUCGAAGACCUGGAAUGGUCUCCUGAGGGAGAGACAACGUCGCCAGUCUUUGACCUUGAGCUUGGUCAUUUUUACAGCAGCAAGAAUGAAGAUUCUGGUGCAGACGUAUCAACCGCCUCCUCUCCAGGGAGUGGGUCAUCCGCCAUGAAGAUGAGAAAUAAGCAACGGCAAGCAAACCAAGUCAGCAACAAAAAUGCAAUCGCUGCUCGGAUGAAUCGUCUUAAAAAGAAAGAAUAUGUUAACAGCCUUGAAAAACAGGUGGGCAUCAUGUCCACGGAAAAUAACACGCUCAAAACAGAAAACGCUCAACUGACCAAACGAGUGGAGGAAUUGGAAGAUGAGACCAGGUACCUGCGAGCUGUGCUGGCCAAUGAGAGCAUGUUAGCUCAGCUGUUGUCACGGCUGAGCGGUGUGAAUGGCAUGAAAUUAUCCUCCUCGCUUUUCCAGGGCGCCGACUCAAACGAGCACGACUACUCACUGCCACGGAAACGUGUGAAAGUGGAGGCCAAAGAGACAUCUGGUGGCGUGUGCCUCCACGUGGACAAGAACCAUGUCUCUGUGGAGUUCUGCACUAAGUGUGCAGCCAGUGCAAGUGCGGCACUUAAAAUUUUCUUCUAGGUAAUGGUUGCUUCUACCAAUGAGGGAUGAAUGGCGCUCUGAACACCUUAACCUGCUUGACUCCAUGGUAAGGAUCAGAGCGGAGAGAGUUUUCCCCACUAGUGUUGAAGGCAUUUUGGUCAAAGCUAAUCUGUAAAAGCUACCAAAAGAAAUCUUGAAUGCAAGAUGUAUAAAUGACGGUGAAGGUCCACAAAGAGUCAAUUGGCUAUCAGAUUCCAGAAACAUGGAAGAGGAUUCAAAUGGAAUGUUUUUCCAAUGAAGCUCUUUGUGAACCAGCACCAUGUUACAGAAGAAUCCCUUUAAUAUAGAGCCGCCUGUUUUUCUUUAUUGCUGAAGUGGAUUCUGCUGGUGGAGGUUGAAGAGACUGGACAAGCUGCUGCCACCGUGGCCAUUUUUGUCUCUCUCUCUCUUUUUUUAAAGGUAGUAUCGGUAAAAAUGGUAUUUGUCAUUCUAUUUGCCACAUAUUUCCUAGUCAAGAUUUUCUUUACUGUUUUUUGCGAGCUCAAUACAACUGCACUAGGAGUGUUUUUGUUGUGAUAAUUGAAAAAUUAUAUCCAGAAUCAUCUGCUUUAGGUGAUUAUGUUGUCAUAAGAUGUAAAUGUGUACAUAAUUUGAUAAUUUGAAAGUGUGCCCGUUGAGGUAAUUGACCUCUGCAAGAAGAUGAACAAAUAAAUCCUAUUUUAACUGUU